CGCUGCGCGGCGGCGGGCCGCUGCCGGUUGCUAGGGUGACGCCUGCGAAAAUGGCUGCUGCAUCUUCGUCGGAUUCCGACAGCUGCAGAGCGGAGAGCAACGAAGCCAGUUCGAAAUGGCUGGAUGCACACUACGACCCCAUGGCCAACAUCCACACCUUUUCCGCCUGCCUGGCGCUGGCAGAUUUGCAUGGGGACGGGGAGUACAAGCUGGUGGUGGGGGACCUUGGCCCAGGGGGGCGGCAGCCCCGCCUGAAGGUGCUUAAGGGACCCACCAUGCUGAGCGAAAGCCCGCUACCCGCCCUGCCGGCCGCUGCUGCCACCUUCCUCAUGGAGCAACACGAAGCCCGGACGCCAGCGCUGGCACUCGCGUCGGGCCCUUGUGUGUAUGUGUAUAAGAAUCUCAGGCCCUACUUCAAGUUCAGCCUGCCCCAGUUGCCUCCAAACCCCCUGGAACAAGACCUUUGGAACCAGGCCAAAGAGGACCGGAUUGACCCCUUGACCCUGAAGGAGAUGCUGGAGGGCAUUCGGGAGAAGGCAGAGGUGCCUUUGUCUGUUCAGUCACUCAGGUUUCUGCAGCUGGAGCUGAGUGAAAUGGAGGCGUUUGUGAACCAGCACAAGUCCAAGUCCAUCAGGCGGCAGACAGUCAUCACCACCAUGAUCACCUUAAAGAAGAACCUGGCUGAUGAAGAUGCUGUUUCCUGCCUGGUGCUGGGCACUGAGAACAAGGAGCUCCUGGUGCUGGACCCAGAGGCCUUCACCGUUUUGGCCAAGAUGAGCCUGCCCAGUGUCCCCGUCUUCCUGGAGGUUUCUGGCCAGUUUGAUGUGGAGUUCCGUCUUGCCGCUGCCUGCCGCAACGGGAACAUCUAUAUGCUGAGAAGAGACUCCAAGCGCCCCAAGUACUGCAUCGAGCUGAGCGCCCAGCCUGUGGGGCUUGUCCGGGUCCACAAGGUCCUCGUGGUGGGCAGCAACCAAGACAGCCUGCAUGGCUUCACCCACAAGGGUAAGAGGCUGUGGACAGUGCAGAUGCCCGCAGCCAUCCUGACCAUGAACCUCCUGGAGCAGCGCUCCCGGGGCCUGCAGGCCGUCAUGGCCGGGCUGGCCAAUGGAGAGGUCCGCAUUUACCACGACAAGGCUCUGCUCAAUGUCAUCCGCACACCGGAUGCAGUGACCAGCCUUUGCUUUGGCCGCUACGGGCGGGAAGAUAACACCCUCAUCAUGACUACACGAGGCGGUGGCCUGAUUAUCAAGAUUCUGAAACGCACAGCAGUGUUUGUGGAGGGGGGAGGUGAGGCAGGCCCCCCACCAGCCCAGGCCAUGAAACUCAACGUGCCCCGAAAGACCCGGCUUUAUGUGGAUCAGACACUGCGAGAGCGGGAAGCUGGCACCGCCAUGCACCGGACCUUCCAGGCAGACCUCUACCUGCUGCGCCUCCGGGCCGCCCGCACCUACGUGCAGGCCCUCGAGUCCAGCCUGAGCCCUGUGUCUGCGACAGCCCGGGAGCCGCUCAAGCUGCACGCUGUGGUUCAGGGCCUGGGCCCCACCUUUAAGCUCACACUUCACCUGCAGAACACCUCAACAGCCCGACCCAUCCUCGGGCUGCUGGUCUGCUUCCUGUACAACGAGGUGCUCUAUGCUGUGCCCCAGGCCUUCUUCAAGGUCCCCUUGCUGGUGCCAGGGCUCAACUACCCCCUGGAGACCUUUGUGGAGAGUCUUAGUGACGGGGGCAUCUCAGACAUUAUCAAGGUACUGGUGCUCCGAGAAGGCCAGAGCGCACCCCUGCUGAGUGCCCAUAUUAACAUGCCCGUGAGCGAAGGGCUGGCAGCUGCCUGACCCCUGGGCCAGUGUUGAAGCCCCUGUGGAAUCGGGACCAGGAAGAUCCAGCCCCUUCCACUGCGCCGGGCAGAGUCCACAGCCCCAGGCCCACUCCCGUGCAGCAGUAUGCUGGGCAACGGCCUCCCUCUCCUCUCCUAGCACCCCUCUCUCACCACCCUGACCACUGGGUGACCUGUAACAGCAGGUCAGUGAGUCCCCAGGAGGUUCAGCUCCUUCCUCCUCAGGAAAACCCAGGUAUCAGCUCCUGGGCUCCUGCUGCUCUUCUCUUCUCCCCACUUUUCCCCAGAAACCGCCCCCAGGUCCGAAGGCAGAGUUCUGAAGUGGUGAGAUGAGGGCACAGGCACAGCCUCCUCCUCUGCCGCUUCCCUUAGGCACGUCACUCUGCUGCUGCUGCAGAGUUGGCUGGGGCCUGGCCUGGGACAAUCAGAGGCUUUUCUUAGGUGAGACUAAGCCCCCUGUUUCUCCGAGGUUCCAGAGGCUUGGCUGCUGCCAGCUCAGCUUACAGGCAAAAUGCAUGCUCUGAUCCCCCCUUGCGAGCUCAGCCGGAGGGCCCUCUUUCUAGUCAAGGGGCCCAGGGAAUAGCUGUCUUCCCACAGGGGGCUUUUCUGAAGUCUUGGGCUCAGCCAAGGUCUCAGGCCUGUGGAUGCUCCACAAAGAUCACCGGGAAGAAGCCGGUGUCGGGGGCAGAGAGUGCCUUUGCAGAAGCUAGCGGCCCCAGCCCCCCAGGCUUCUGAAGACCACCAGCUGCUGCUCCUGACUUGCAUGCUUGUCCUGCCCAGAAAGCAUCCCUGGAGAGGAAGGCUCAGCUAGACAGAGCAGAGGCAGGGCCACAGCACACAGGAGGGGCAUCUCUGGGGUCCUGGGGAGGGGGCUCAGGAGGCAGAACCCUAGAACUGCCAGUCAAGGUGCUAUUCUAUGCCCUGGAGCCCAGAUCAGUCAGGUGAGUGGCAGGUUCACUGGGCAGUGGCCAUAGUGUGAGAGAUUUGCUGGAAAGGCAUGAACCACAGGUAUUGAAGAUUGGUUGAAGAUUGAAUGAAGGUACAUGUUUAGACCAUAACAGUCAGAGACCCACAGUCCCAGCCCUUGGUGCCUCCUGGAACCCCCCGGCUAGUCUGCCUGGCCCACUUCUCAGCCUUCUUUUGGGUUAGUGCUACCAGGGCUAUCCUGAGCCAUUUGUGAGCCAGGAACCCUGCUCCCUGGGGAAGGACUUACAUCUUCUGUCUGACCAGGCACAGCCUAGUAUGUGUCAGACAGCUCAGGCUUUGGGAAGUACCCAAAUCCUUGGGUGUUUCAGUUUCCCUAGGUGCGAAAUGAGGCAGUUUGCCCAGAUUCAGCUCUAACAUCCUAGAGCCUGGCAGCCCCUUUAAGGAAACGAGGAGUCAGCUCCAGAAAGGGGGUCCUUGACAGGAGUAUGUGCAGAGCUUUUGCUCUUGAGACCAAGGGCCCCAAGCUGAUUGAUUCUGCCGGGCGACAACCGCUGUGCCCAAGACAGUGAGGGACAGCCCACAGCCACCCCCCAUCCUCCCCAGGGAAUGCAUUCCGGGACCAGCUUAAGAGAAGCAAGGGGGCUGGACCAGAGAAAGAGCCCAUCCCCCUCGUCUCUGCAUGGUCCAGCCACUUGCAAACAUAGACCAGUUGGGUCAGGAUGGUCUAGACUUUCUAGAUCCAGCUGACUGAAGCGCAGUGGGAAUAAGCAGGAGGUUUAGUCUGGAAAUGGAAAGACAGGUAGAGGGAGUGUCGCUGCCAGAGAGAUUUCAGCUAAACCUGAAGAGUUUUCUGAGAGAGCUUAUCAGAGAUAGAGGGGCCUGCCCCCAAAGGUUUUGAGCCCCUUGUCACUGGAGCUGUGUCCCUGGGGCUGGGCCAGAUGACCUCACCAUCCCUUUUGCCACAGUCAAGUGAUAAACUGUGUGAACUUGGAACAGAGAAGUCUGAUCUGGUUUCUACUCAUAGUUUUUCAUGCUGAUGAAAGUGGAGAAACUAUUCCAAAGCCCGACACCUAACAUGAAUUUAUAUGAUGCAAUGCUGUGUACCCAUUAUUUAAAAAAAAAAAAACAUGUGAAUUGCACUGGUCUGGACAGUGUAAAUAAAGCAUUACAAAGCAAGAAACAGUGCAUGAUACCCAGUGCCCUCACUAGUUAGAUCUCCAAGAAAUUGUACAUUAAGGAUGAGGAGAAUGGUGCUUUUUUUUUUUUUUUUGUAAGUAUCAAAAAACAUGUACCUACUUAGUACUAUGGAAUUAGGCAGUUCAUAACAAGAAAACAGCCUCUCAGGAAUUCCCUGGUGGUCUAGUGGUUAGGACCUGGCACUUUCACUGCAGGGGCCUGGGUUCAAUCCCUGGUCAGGGAACUAAGAUCCUGCAAGCCUCUCCCCAUUCCCCAGUACUGCUCCCCUGCUACAGUCAUUUCCAGUUCUCUCAGCUAUUCUUUAAAUACGCUCCCACUUAAAGACAUUAUUUCUUGGCUCCCUGUCAUAAUAGAUGAGGCUUUAGCUCUCUUGUGGCAGCACCCUGUGCUCUCCUUUUCUCCCCAGUUUUUAGGUAAAUCUAUACUCACUGUUUGCAUUACUAUGUAAAAGUUAUCUAUUGCAGAGCCAAGAAUUGGGCUAUAAUUAAAUUACUUUUUUUGUGUACUUACUUAUUUUCCAUGGAGUUAAUAACUGCCCUGUUUUUUUCAUUUGCUUAGUUUUCUUUAAAUACCAGUUGCUAAUUCUUCGUCAACCCAGUCUUAUGGUUCCUCUUUUUUCUGUACACUUCCCUUCAUCCCCUGCUUAAGUGAAUGCUGUUGGUUCUCUAGAACUGCAGCGAGAACUUCUCCUGGGAAUUCUGCUUGCUGUGUUCUGGGCUAGAGUCCCUGAUUCCUGGACCCCAUGUCUUUUUUCAUAAUUCUUCAAUUUCUGAUCAGGGAACUAAGAUCCCACAUGCUGCAUGGUGUGGCCAAAUAAUAAUAAUAGUAAUUUGAAAAAAAAAACUUAAGAUGUAAGACAGCAAGAGUAUAUAAAAUGAUCAGGCAAACUUGAAAAGGAACAAACAGAACUUCUAGAAAUGAAAAAUAAAACAUUUGACAUGUAAAACUCAAUGGAUGAGUUGGUACAACCACUAAAACAAAAAACAAAAAAAGCCAAUAGAUUGGUUUAGCAGUUGACAAAGUACUUAACUGGAAGAUAGAUUUGUAGAAGUUAUUCAGAAUGCCAGAAACAGAGAAAAUAGGAGCUGUUAAGAAACGAGGGGGAUGAGCCUCCUAGAUAGCUUCCUCCACAAGAGGGCAGACAGCAGUAUCAAGCAGUAUCAGCAGUAUUUCAUCUUGUGGAACUGAAAAUCACAGCCACAGAAAGAUAGAGAAAAUGAAAAGGCAGAGGACUUUGUACCAGAUGAAGGGACAGGAUAAAACCCCAGAAAAACAACUAAAUGAAGAGGAGAUAGGCACCCUUACAGAAAAAGAAUUCAGAAUAAUGAUGGUGAAGAUGAUCCAGGACUUUGAAAAAAGACUGGAUGCAAAGAUUGAAAAGUUUACCAAAGACCUAGAAGAAUUAAAGAGCAAACAGAGAUAUGCAACACAAUAACGGAAAUGAAAAAUACACUAGAAGGAACCAAUAGCAGAUUAACUGAGGCAGAAGGACGAAUAAGUGACCUGGAAGACAGAAUGGUGAAAAUCACUGAUAUGGAAAAGAAUAAGGAAAAAAGAAUGAAAAGAACUGAAGAUAGCCUAAGAUUCCUCUGGGACAAUGUUAAAUGCACCAACAUUCGCAUCAUAGGGGUCCCAGAAGGAGAAGAGAGAGAGAAAGGACCCAAGAAAAUAUUGGAAGAGAUUAUAGUUGAAAACUUCCCUAACAUGGAAAAGGAAAUAGCUACCCGAGUCCAGGAAGCACAGAGAGUCCCAGGCAGGAUAAACCCAAGGAGAAACAUGCCAAGACAUAUAGUAGUCAAAUUGACAAAAAUUAAAGACAGAGAAAUGUUAUUAAAAGCAACAAGGGAAAAACGACAAAUAACAUACAAGGGAACUCCCAUAAGGGUAACAGCUGAUCUCUCAGCAGAAACUCUGCAAGCCAGAAGGGAGUGGCAUGAUAUAUUUAAAGUGAUGAAAGGGAAGAACCUACAACCAAGAAUACUCUACCCAGCAAGGAUCUCAUUCAGAUUCGAUGGAGAAAUCAAAAGCUUUACAGACAAGCAACAGCUAAGAGAAUUUAGCACCACCAAACCAGCCCUACAACAAAUGCUAAAGGAACUUCUCUAAGCGGGAAACAUAAGAGAAGAAAAGGACCUACAAAAACAAAAACAAAACCAUUAAGAAAAUGGUAAUAGGAACAUACAUAUUGAUAAUUACCUUGAAUGUAAAUGGACUAAAUGCACCAACCAAAAGACACAGACUGACUGAAUGGAUACAAAAACAAGACCCAUAUAUAUGCUGUGUACAAGAGACCCACUUCAGACCUAGGGACACAUGCAGACUGAAAGUGAGGGAUGGAAAAAGAUAUUCCAUGCAAAUGAAAAUCAAAAGAAAGCUGGAGUAGCAAUAGUCAUAUCAGAUAAAAUAGACUUUAAAAUAAAAAAUGUUACAAGAGACAAGAAAGGACAUUACAUAAAGAUCAAGGGAUCCAUCCAAGAAGAGGAGAUAACAAUUAUAAAUAUAUAUGCACCCAAUAUAGGAGCACCUCAAUACAUAAGGCAAAUGCUAACAACUAUGAAUGAGGAAAUGCAAGGCAGAAAUAGAGACACAGAUGUAGAGAACAAACACAUGGACACCAAGUGGGGAAAGCGGGGAGGGUUGGGGGGGGGGUGAAUUGGGAGACUGGCAUACCAAAUUGUACACUCUAAAUAUAUGCUGUUUAUUGUCUGUGAAGUGUAUCUCAAUAAAAGUUCUAAAAAAAAAAAAAAACCCACUUGCCAAUGCAGGGGACAUGAGUUCCAUCCUUGGUAAAAAAAAGAAAAAGAAAAAGAAACGAGGGGGAUUUCCCUGGUGGUCUAGUGGUUAAGACUCCGUGCUCCCAAUGCAGGGGGCCUGGGUUCGAUCCGUGGUCAGGGAACUGGAUCCCACAAGCCACAACUGAGCAUUCGCAUGCUACAACUGGGAGUUUGCAUGCUGCAACUAAAUGAUCCCACAUGCCGCAACUAAGACCCAAAGCAGCCAAAUAAAUAAAUAUUUUUUAAAAAAAGAGUCAAGGCGGAUAGAGUAGGAAGGUCUAAUCAGAGUUCCAGUAGAGAGACAGAAAACAUCUGAAGAUAUGACUCAGAGUUUUCUAGAACUGAUGAAAGACAUCAAUUCAUAGAAUCAAGAAACCUAAGGAAUCCCAUUAAGAUAAAUACAAAGAAAACCACACUUAGACACAUCACAGUAAAAUGCAGAAUACCAAAGACAAAAAAAAAAA